AUGGCCUCUGCGCAGAAGAAACAGCAGACGCUCUCUGCAUUUUUCAAGAAACCCUCAUCAACUCCGGCCCCCAAACCUCAACUACGGACGUCUGAGGACAGCGGCGAUGACGAUCUGCCCGUGCCGCCAACGAAAAGACGACGCCUUGCCCCCGUGGACCGGGAAGCCGGUGGCAUCGGAGGCCAGGACAUCUUGGAAGAUGGAGCAAAUCUGAGAACGCUACGGCCUGUUGUCGCUAACGGCCAGAACCUUGCCGCCUCCACGAUCGAGCCUGGGGCGUCACGGACCGCCAAGUACCUUUACUCCUCUUCAGCGCAGCAGGAGAACCAGGAUCUGGAUGACCGGGAUGGCACUGACAAGAGAUGGAAGGAUGAGUUGCACCGGAAGUUUGUCAGAAAGCUGGGAAAGCCGGACAGCAUUGCCGACAUCAAACGGCGGAAUCAUGUGCUCGAAGACGAAGCUGGUGCUGACGAGAACGAAGACGGUGACGAAGAGGCCGCUGAAGACUCUCCGAGACCAACCGGUCGCUCAAAGAAAGGAGGAAGCAAAUUGACACCCAUGGAAAAACAAGUAUUGGACAUCAAGCGGAAACAUCUGGACACGCUGCUCGUCGUGGAAGUUGGUUACAAAUUCAGAUUCUUUGGAGAAGACGCAAGAAUUGCUGCUAAAGAGCUCGGUAUCGUCUGCAUACCAGGCAAAUACCGCUACGACGAACACCCGUCGGAAGCUCACAUCGAUCGCUUCGCUUCUGCGAGCAUACCCGUCCAUCGACUCCAUGUCCAUGUUAAGAGACUUGUCACGGCAGGUCACAAGGUUGGGGUCGUCAGACAACUGGAAACGGCAGCGCUAAAAGCGGUUGGAGAUAACAGGAACGCGCCCUUCGUCAGGAAACUUACCAACCUCUACACCAAGGGUACCUACAUCGACGACAUAGAAGGCGUCGAGGAGACCAGCCGGGGAAGUCCUGCACCUCAGUCGCCCUCGACCGGAUUCCUGCUUUGCAUGACAGAAACCAAUGUCAAAGGUCAAGACAAUGAUGAAAAAGUACAUGUUGGUUUCGUCGCGGUUCAACCUGCCACAGGCGAUAUCGUCUACGACGACUUUGAGGAUGGCUUCAUGCGGAGCGAGAUCGAGACAAGACUUCUCCACAUCGCUCCCUGCGAGUUUCUGAUUGUCGGAGAACUUUCAAAGGCUACCGAGAAGCUUGUGCUUCAUCUCUCAGGGAGCAAGACCAAUGUGUUUGGUGACAAGAUCCGAGUCGAGCGUGUUGCAAAGCAGAAAACCAUGGCAGCACAAGCCCAUAGCCUCAUUUCGACAUUCUAUGCUGAGAGACUCAAGGAUCUCCCGGACUCGGACGGAGACAAGGCCACGAAAAUUUUUGAUAAGAUCAUGGGUUUACCGGAGCACGUCUCUGUCUGCUUGUCGUCCAUGAUCAAUCACUUGUCCGAAUACGGACUUGAACACGUCUUUCAACUGACGAAAUACUUUCAACCAUUCUCCGCCAGGUCUCAUAUGCUUCUCAAUGGCAACACGCUCACAAGCCUUGAAAUAUACCUCAACCAAACAGAUCAUACUACGAAAGGUAGUCUUUAUUGGAUGCUCGACAGGACCCAGACGAAGUUUGGUGGUCGUUUGCUCCGCAAAUGGGUUGGACGUCCACUCCUCGACGUGAAAGGCAUUGAGACUCGACUGAAUGCUAUCGAAGAACUCCUUGACCCCGAGAAAGCCGUUCAAACCGAGAAGAUGCGGCGAGUGUUGUCAAAAGUCAGGACUGAUCUGGAGAAAAGCCUGAUUCGGAUCUACUACGGCAAGUGCACACGGCCAGAAUUACUCACCGUUCUACAAUCGUUGCAGAUGUUGGCUACCGAGUUUGCCUACGCAACAGAUGCGGCAUCAACGGGGUUUGACUCGGAGCUCAUCUCCACCCCUUUGAUCUCUCUGCCCACCAUUCUGAAAGAGGUGGUAGGGUAUCUAGACAGAAUCAAUUUUCAGGCCGCCAAGUCCAACGAUAAAUAUGCCUUCUUCACCGACGCUUCGGAGACCGAGGCCAUUUCUGAGCACAAGUUUGGUAUCGCUAGUGUCGAACACGACUUAGAAGAGUUCCGAAAGACGGCCGCGGAAAAGCUGGGCAAGACACGACCCGUAGAUUAUGCUACCGUCGCACAGAUUGAGUAUCUGAUUGAGGUCGACAACAACUCGGCAACUAUCAAGAAGGUCCCGGCAUCGUGGAUCAAGAUUUCAGGCACAAAGAAGGUGUCCAGGUUCCACGCCCCAGAAGUCGUCAAGCUUCUGCGCGAGAGAGAUCAGCACAAGGAGUCUCUCGCCGCCGCGUGUGACGAGGCAUACAAGGAUCUCCUCGCCGACGUCAGCGCCAAGUACCAGCUGUUCCGCGACACGAUUCAGAACCUGGCGACUCUGGACUGCCUCCUCUCCCUCGCAAAUGUGGCAUCCCAGCCAAACUACGUGCGUCCGAAAUUCACGCAAGACACGCGCAUUGACCUCGAAGGUGCUCGCCAUCCCAUGGUCGAGCAACUGCUACUCGACAGCUACGUUCCGAAUGACGUCUUCCUUUCGCAAGCCGACACGCACGCCCUCCUCGUCACGGGGCCCAACAUGGGGGGCAAGUCGUCCUACGUCCGCUCCGUGGCCCUGAUCGCCAUCAUGGCCCAAAUCGGCUGCUUCGUCCCCGCCACGUCCGCGAAGCUGGGCAUCCUCGACGCCGUCUUCACCCGCAUGGGCGCCUUCGACAACAUGAUGUCCGGCGAAUCGACCUUCAUGGUCGAACUCAGCGAGACAAGCGACAUCCUCAAGCUCGCCACGGAGCGCAGCCUCGUCGUCCUCGACGAGCUCGGCCGCGGAACGAGCACCCACGACGGCGUCGCCAUCGCGGCCAGCGUCCUGGACUAUCUGGUACGCGACAAGAAAUGCCUCACCCUCUUCAUCACGCACUAUCAGAUGCUGGCGCGCAUGGCCGACGGCUUUCCCGCCGGGGAACUCAAAAACGUGCACAUGCGCUUCACGGAGACGGACGACGAGAAUGUCACAUUUCUGUACGAAGUGGGUGAAGGCGUGGCGCACCGGAGCUAUGGUCUCAACGUGGCGAGAUUGGCUAACUUGGGGGACAAAGUGAUUGAGGUGGCGAGGGAGAAGAGUCAAGAGCUUGAACAGGCCACGAAAAGGAGACAACUCGGCGCGGUGGCGCAGGCGUUGGUCAAAGGUGUGGGUGUCAGGAGUGGGAGAGAUGUCGAUGCAAAGGCUCUGGAUGCGAUGGUCGAGGCCAUCGAGAUGCUUUGA